UCACCCGGGUGACUCCCCUGAGGGCAGGGUCCCAGCCAGCCUGGUCCCUGGCCCCUCCUGGCACCGACACCACAGGAGCUCAGUCAGGCUCGGCUGGGUGAAGGGUGAGGGAUCGAGCUCAGCCUGUGCCUCCCUUCGCCCCUCUUCAUCCCCGAGUCAUCUGGAGGCCACGGCAGCAAACAGCUCUUAUGUGCCAGAAAUCCUGCAGAUAAUUCAGCUGGACCUAGACCUAAAGUAUAAGACCAACAUCCGCGAGUUGUUUGAGGAGUUUGACAGCUUCCUGCCCGGUGCCGUCAUCGGCAUAGCCCGGGAGAUGCAGCCAGUCUACAGGCACACAUUCUGGCAGUUCCGCCAUGAGAACCCCAAGACCAGGGUUGGGGGCCCUCCACCCGAGGGGCUGCCUGGCUUCAACAGUGGGGUGAUGCUCCUGAACCUGGAGGCCAUGCGCCAGUCCCCACUCUACAGCCGCCUGCUGGAGCCAGCACAGGUGCAGCAGCUCACCGACAAGUAUCACUUCCGUGGCCACCUUGGGGACCAGGAUUUCUUCACUAUGAUUGGCAUGGAGCACCCCGAGCUCUUCCACGUGCUGGACUGUACCUGGAACCGGCAGCUCUGCACCUGGUGGAGGGACCAUGGCUAUAGUGACGUCUUCGAGGCCUACUUCCGGUGCGAGGGACAUGUUAAGAUCUAUCAUGGGAACUGCAACACUCCCAUCCCAGAGGACUAGGCCCCUUCUCUCCUGCAUCCCCUCAGGGCUUCUGGAUCUGGGGGAAGGAAAGGAGCGCCUCUGGGACAGGCCCCAGGGCGGUGUCUGAUCUCCUAGAGAUACACUGCAGGGACAGUCUUUGUGACAAGGUGCUGCAGAUCUCCCACCCAGCAGGUCACUGUCCUGAGGCCACCCAGUGAGGACUGGCCUGUUCAUUGCUGGUGCUCAGGACCUGUUUCCUCCAGGGGGCCUUCAGCCCUCCAAGGAAAGGAGAUCCUUUAUAGGUACUGUCUUUUCUUGGACCAAAUGUAAAUUUCACUUAAAUGGACAGACUUCCAUUUUGCAGGAAAGAACAAACAGUACCACUGUAGCUCCCAGUGAGCUCUAAACGAGUGAACCGGGGCUUUAACAACCAGCCCAGAGGUGAAGCAUUCACAGGAAUGUCGACCUUCCAUGUACUUGCCCUCGGAGGCUGUGUGUGAAUUCUCAUAAUGCUCACUCACAGCGUUUGGUGCAGGUUUAAAGAUCGCCACCUCUGGGGACAGGCUUCAGGGCCAGCUGGGGCCUGCGUAAGAAAACUAGCCUCAUUGUUGUACCAUUCACAGCUUUUAUCUCCUGGCUCCAUUGCAGAGGCGCAUUAUUCCUUAUUCAUCAAGUCCAGCUCCUGGUGACCAGACAAUACUUGGCAAUCAAGGCCACCAUUAAAGAACAGAGACUGGUCACCCUGAAAGACAUGCGGUAGAGUUGUCUGGAUUGAGAAGAUUCAUUCCAAAGAGGAGCCCAACAGUUCAUGAGUGUAACCAUGUGGGCUUCAAAGGGGUUUCAUUCAGAGGCUUACAAGCAUUCUUGUUUCUUUGUUUAAAAAACCAUCCUCAUUACUUUCUUAUUGCACCCUGGCAGACCCUAUACCUUAGUAGAAAUUAAGGUGUCACUUCUUUAUUUCUUCUUCUGAUGUGUCUCCUGUAAGCCAGCUGCAAACACAGAAUCCCUAGUGGUCCAUUUUGUAUAGUCCAGCUGAAGCUCUUGGGGGAGAAAUGUUGUGGGAUUUUCAUCUUAUUUUAUUUCAAUGUCAUUUACUUUUUUAUUUCUUUUCACCAUGAGUGAGCCUAGCUAAUAAAUAGUCUUUAAGAACACAA